UGGGAGGGCGUAGCGGGUUUGGUUGCACCAACACCGGUUCAUAGUCGCGGACAGGCGUGUCCUUGGAGUUAGAGAGCGGGACGUCCGGCUUUUGAGCGGUGACCUUCGAGGUGCGCGCGAAGAGAUAGUGAAUUCAAAAUGGGUGAUGUCGAGAAGGGCAAGAAGAUUUUUGUUCAGAAAUGUUCCCAGUGCCACACAGUGGAAAAGGGAGGCAAGCACAAGACUGGGCCAAAUCUGCACGGCUUGUUUGGGCGGAAGACUGGUCAAGCCCCUGGAUUCUCUUACACGGAUGCCAAUAAGAACAAAGGUAUCACCUGGGGAGAGGACACACUGAUGGAGUAUUUGGAGAAUCCCAAGAAGUACAUCCCUGGAACAAAAAUGAUCUUUGCUGGCAUUAAGAAGAAGGCAGAAAGGGCAGACUUGAUAGCUUAUCUCAAGCAAGCUACUAAUGAGUAAUAGUUGGCCACUGCCUUAUUUAUUACAAUAGUAAUGUCUCUUGACUUUUUUUACGUGUACCAUAUUUAAAGUGAUCUCAUACACCAGAAUUCAGAUCAUGAAUGGCUGAUAGAAUGUUUUUGUUGGGCAUUCCUGGAGUAAAUAAGAUUGGCUGUGGUUAAAUAAAUACGAUCUAACUUUUUAAAUUUUGAUAGUAAUUUUAGUUCAGCAAGUGGUAUUCCUUUUCCCUUUUAAAGAUGUGUUUGCACUUGAGGCUAGAUUGGAUUAAUAGUGGUCGAUUUUUCACAAAGAUGGUAAAUGCCAUCUCACAACCUAUAAGAGAUUAAUUUUAUAUUUAGAUUUGUAUAACUGGUGACAUGGAUAUAUUUAAAUAGUGGGGAAACUUCUUCACUGUCUAAUGGAACAGAGCAAGACUGUAUUUCAGUUUGUAGUCAUCAGCCUAUUUAAACACAAGGGUUGGAGAUAAGUUAGCUAUGGCCACUUUAUUGUUUUGCUCAUAACUAUGUCAGUCUAAUUAAAAUUCCCUGUAUCUAAAGUGUUGCCUUUUAAUUAAGAAAAGGCAUUGCAGUGUGGUUUGUUUAUGAUAUCAAAAAAAGAAUAUUUAAAAAAAAAAAGUAAAGACUAACACUUCUCACAUACUGUAGAUGAUCUAGAAGGUCAGAUCCUUUUAAAAGUCAGCAUGAUGAGAUAUAGUAGCAAGUUGGAUUUUAAAUUCUUUACCAUCUAACACUAAGUUGCAAUUCAGGAUUGUCUUUAAGCAGCUAUUCAAAAACACAUAAAACUGUUGAACCACUGUAUACGUGUGAUUGGUUAUGGUGCUUUUAUCAACUUGUUAGAAGGAUUAAAGUAGAGGCAAUAUAUUAUAGGCACAAGUUUGUAAAUUGGUCAUCAGGUUUAAUGUAAUUAAAAAAUAACAUUAUAA